AUGGCAAAACAAGCCAAGUGUGUUACUUUCUCUACCCCUUCUCCUAAAUCAAUCAUGUCUUCUCUUUCUUCAUCCACUUCUUUCUCACAAUCCCCUCUCAACCAGACUUUUUCUCUGUCCAUGGUGGAGGAAACCUUGGAUUCCACGGAACCAAUCAUCAAGAAAUGGGAUCCAAACACAAAGACCAUCUCUCUGUUCAUUCACAGCAGAAAACAAGCCAAAGAGUUCAUCAGAUGCGUCCGUGACUUACGCAGAGCCAUGCACUUUCUCGUCUCUCAACACUCUCAAUCUCCCAACCUUGUUCUUGCACAUAGCCUGAUGGAGAUUGCUAUGUCCAGGCUUGAAAAAGAGUUCUUCAUGAUACUAUCUUCCAACCUAGACCAGCUUGAUCCUGAAUCAGUCUCUGGUCACUCCUCAAUAUCUAGCUAUUCAGAGUUUGAAUAUGUUAUGCAAUCUGAUGAUGAGAUGGAGAAGGCUAGUGAAUCCAUCUCUGAGGUUGAGAAAGCUUCUGCUCUGGUGAUGUCUGACUUAAAGGUCAUAGCAGAGACUAUGAUCAGCUGUGGUUAUGGUAAAGAGUGCAUAAAGAGUUAUAAGAUGAUCAGAAAGUCAAUUGUUGAUGAAGGGCUACACUUACUUAGGAUCCAAAAGUGCAAGAUCUCCUUGUUUAACAGAACUGAUUGGAGCGUGCUUGAGCCUAUGAUCAAGAACUGGAUCAAAGCUGCAAAGAUUGGAGUCACAACACUCUUCAGAGGAGAGAAACUUCUAUGUGAUCAUGUCUUCUCUGCUUCCACUACAAUAAGACACACUUGCUUCUACGAGAUAGCCAACGAAGCAGGACUCAAUCUCUUCAGUCUACCAGAGCUUGUCUCCAAUAAGGAGAAGAAAAAACUCCCUGAGAGGAUCUUCAAGCUCAUGGAUCUCUAUGCAGCUAUCUCUGACCUUAAGCCAGACAUGGAACUGAUUCACUUUGAUUCAGUAGCUCCUGUCAAGACACUGGCUAUUUCAUCACUCAAGAAACUCAAGAACUCAAUCCACACGUGUCUCACGGAGUUUGAAUUGAAAAUAAAAAAUGAUUCAUCGAAAGCACUUACUUCUGGAGGAGGGAUUCACAGGCUGACUCGAACAACAAUGAGUUUUAUAUCAUCACUGUCUGAAUACAGCCGUGUCUUGUCUGAGAUCCUUGCGGAACACGCUAUCAAGAGAAACACUCGUUUGCUAGAAUCUUACUUCACGGCUCCAAUCUUGGAAGAUGAACACAUCAACCACCAUGCAACCUCGGUCCAUAUAGCCUGGCUCAUACUGGUUCUCUUAUGCAAACUAGACAUUAAGGCAGAGAGUUACAAGGAUGUGUCUCUCUCUUACCUCUUCCUUGUCAACAACAUUCAGUUUGUGGUUGAUACCGUUCGUUCAACUCAUCACCUCCGGAACCUCCUUGGAGACGAUUGGCUCACCAAGCACGAAACAAAACUCAGAAGCUACACUACAAACUACGAGAACGCAGCAUGGGCCAAAGUUUACCAAACCGUACCGGCGAAAACCAGUACCACACUAUCACCAGACCAGGCCAAAACACAUUUCAAGAGGUUUCACGUGGCAUUCGAAGAAGCGUACAUGAAACAAUCAUCAUGUGUUAUACUUGAUGCGAAACUGAGGGACGAGUUUAAGGUUUCUAUAGCAAGGAAACUCGUACCGGAGUACAAAGAGUUUUACCAAAAGUACUUGCCAAUGCUUAGAGAGGAGAUAAACAUAGAGAUGCUGGUGAGGCUUAAACCUGAUAACUUGGAGAACUAUCUCUCCGAUCUUUUCCAUGGAACACCAAUGCUUAGUGACUCUUCUUCUGCUUCUUCUUCUUCUUCCAUGUGUAUCUCACUUGGAUGUGGAUGA